GAUGGCUUGUUGCACCGAAAACAUACGCAUUUCGCAUACAGAAACAAGUGCACGCGUGUUAAAUGACACAACUUGCACACAGGAAAUGUGGAAUUUAAUUAUAUCCAUUUCACAUCUUCAAUAGCCAGUUGUGACGCUGAAACGGCAAAUAUCAAUUUGGUUUAGUAUGUAAAUCGAUCGACUGUACUGUGUUUCUAAUGCGAUAGUACCUACUCAUCAAAAUUGUGACAUUUACAACAACAAAAAGUUUGAGGAUUUAAAGUAAAGAGGAAUUGAUUUUUCGAAAGUCGAACAGUUCAGUGACAAUGCUAUGGUACGUUGUAUUAAUAGUGACGUGCCUAUUCUAUUAUUCGUCGCGUCGCCUGCGAUAUUUCUCGUCGAGGGGAAUCGCUACGCUUCCGACAACACCGUUUUUCGGGAAUCUGACAGCUGUCACGUUCGGUCGAGAAAACUUCGUGGAGGCAAUCGCUAAGGGAUAUGAUGCGUUCAAGGAUCAAAGAUAUUUCGGUCUGUAUCAAUACUUGGUGCCGACUCUCGUACCUCGGGAUCCUGAACUAAUCCGACAAAUCCUCGUGCGAGAUUUCAGCGCCUUCGCCGAUAGAGGAGUACACAUUGACGAAGAGUGCGACCCACUUUUCGGCCGGAACUUAAUAAUGCUCAGAGGUUCAAAAUGGCGAAGUAUGCGAGUGGCGCUUUCUCCGGCGUUCUCCGGAGCCCGAUGUCGUAACAUGGCACCGUUGAUGGUGGAAAGCGCUAAGUCGGUCACAAACCACCUCCAGAAAAGAAUAAUUGACGAAAAGGUCAUUGACAUUAAUAACAUAACUAUGAGCUACGUGAAUGACGUCAUAGCGUCAUGCGCCUUCGGCUUCGCGGUAGACUCUCUGAAGGAACCAGACAACUGCAUCUACAAGCUUGGUCAGAAAGCGAUAAUACAGGACACAACGCAAGUGAUGAAGUUCUUUGGCUACGAGAACAUUAAGACUGUUAUGAAGGGGUUGAAAGUGAAAAUCAUCGCGACUGAAGAGGCUGAACAAUUUGGUCUACUCUUCAAAUCGGCCCUGAAAGCUAGAAAGGAGAAACUGGUGGGGCCGAGACCGGACUUCAUACAAAUAUUAGUAGACGCAAUGCAAGGCAAAGGUGACGAUGACAAGAUCUCUUCGAAUUCAACAAACGCAUUCACAGAUGACGACUUAGUGGCCCAAGCGGUUUUAUUCUACGUGGCGGGCUACGAUACGACAGCGAACUUAAUCAAUUACUUCCUCUACGAAAUGGCGGUGAAUCCUCAUGUGCAGGAGAAAUUAAACCAAGAAAUAGCAGAGAUGUCUGACGAAGGAGACGUAUAUGAAGCGAUCCAAAGGCUAAAGUACCUCGAAAUGUGCGUUUGUGAGGUCCUACGACUCUGGCCGCUGGUGGGUUCCGCCGAUAGAAGAUCAGUAAUACCUUACGAUUUCGGCCCCACGUAUCCUGACAGCAAACACAGUCUGAUCGCUCCAACGGGUAUCCACAUAUGGAUACCGAUAUAUUCCAUCCACCGCGACGAGCAGUACUGGCCCGAUCCCAACACUUGUAUUCCGGAGAGAUUCUCACCAGAGAACAAAGGAAGCAUAGUUCCUUACACUUACUUGCCAUUCGGGACUGGACCUAGGCAUUGCAUUGGAUCACGUUUUGCUAUACUGGCAGCGAAAGUGUUUUUGGUUAAAUUCCUAAAGACAUACAGAACGAAAACGCAUCGAGAAAAAACAAAACUAUCGCCCAGGGCGUUCAUACUGCGGCCCCGUGACGGAUUUGAACUCACAGUUGAACGCAGGAUUGAGAAUGACUAAAUAAAUUACCGGACAAAUUAAUGCAUGAUUCGGAGACCUUAGUGAUAAAAUUGUCUCAGUCUGUCGAUAUCAUGAUACGGGUGGGAAAUCUUCAACUAAACGAUUGAUAAAAUUCACAGAUCACCUCGCAACAAAUUCAAAGACUGAAACAUCCGUUCAAAACAUUGACGUGUUACUAGUACUUGCUACUCCUCAAGACUGGGGGUUAAGGUUUUUUUUAUUUUUUAUUAUGGUUAUUGUUUAGAUUGUAAAUUGAUUAGAUUGUAUUCUUCUACCCACUCAUGUAAAGCUUUCCUACGUUAAGAACGGUUAGCUGGUAGAAAACUCAAUUGUUGAGUUAAGCUCGGCAUUUUUAUAUCUUAUCGCAAUUACUGCAAUAUUAACUGUGUGUACAAUAAAGAAUAAAGAAAGGAAUUAUUGUUAAAAAAUUGUUAAACGCAAGCGUUAAUAUUAUAUAGUUGUUAAUUUGGGGCCUAUGGAUCUACGGAGGGACUUCGCUUCUCUCUGUAUUUUUUACCGUAUCUUCCAUGGAGAGUGCUCUGAGGAAUUGAUUGAGAUGAUUCCACCAUCUCGUUUUUACCAUCGCACCGCUCGCCACCAGAGCUCAUCCAUACGACCUGGAGCCACUGCGUUUAUCCACAGUGCGUUUCCAGAAAUAUUUUCAGCCACGUACCAUCCGGCUUUGGAAUGAGCUCCCCUCCACGUUGCUUCCUGAAUGCUGUGACAUAUCCUUAUUCAAACGAGGCUUGUGAAGAGUACUUAACGGUAGGCAGCGGCUUAGCUCUGCCGCUGGCAUUACUGAAGUCCAUGGACGACAAUAACCACUCACCAUCAGGUAGGCCGUAUGCUCGUCUGACUACAAGAAAAAUAAAUAAAAAUUUAAUGCACACUUAGACACAGGCCAUUGAGAUUCACGCCUGAUCUUCUCAGUGGUGGUAGAUUCUAUGGGGCACUGGUCCAGCUGGGGCUAGUGUUGGCAAAUUUCGGUUGAGCCCGUGAGCUCACCUAGCCAUCCGAGCAUAGUUGGAAUAGUCCUUUAGCCUAUGCAAAUAGAUAGAAAAUUAAAUGCGUUUGUGAAAUAUUUUUUAGACGAAAAGAAUCUUUAAUUUCGGUUUCAGGGUGGCUUUUCCUUUCACUAAGACCCACGUCUUGUUAUAGCUGAUAAGUAACGGCUACUAUUCAUCAUUUAGUGUGCAUUGUGAAUGAACUAGUUACCAUAAUAAAAAUAAUACUAUCUAUAAAAAUACAAAAAGGAUUGGUUCUGUAGUCAUUAUUAUAUCCGACGUUGCGAAUACUGGAAGUUUUCGUGAUCACAGACAAUUAAGGUACUUGCUAUUCGUCGACAAUGUUCAAAUUCAGACGUCAAUAUUUAAAUUAAGCUAACUACAGUAUGAUUUUAGAUUUUCUUUAAAUACCGAUUAAGAGAUUAAGCGGAGAUGUAGAAUGUAACCGAGAUGGAGGAAUGGCGGUGUUUUUAGUGUUUUAGUAUGACGUCAGCAUUGCUGACAUUCUUGCAGAGUUCUCGAAGGGUCUCGGAGAUUUGACGGAGUGCCCCUAAUGUAUUGUGCGAUAAUAGUCAUUCGUCAUAGAUUAUACACUUAAUAUAUUUGGUCAUUCGUACUUAUAGUAGAAAAACGGGGUAGCUUCGUCAUAAAAUCUCUUGGAUACCGUAUUUAGCAAUUGCUUACAUUCAUAACAUUAUGGAAACAGUUAACUAAUCAGUUAAAUUUAGUUGUAAAUAGCAACGUUGCGCCGAUAUACAUACGUAUAGUAUUUUUUGGUUUUCAGGACGGACGACGUAGAUAAUAGCAUUAUGUACAUACAUAUUUAGCAAAGUUUGAGGUUAUAUUGAAUGAAGAUUAGAUUGAUAGAUGAAACGAACGUGUUAUAUUAUGGAAAAAUAUAUAAAUGUAUGGUACCCUAAAACGUGCAACAUCGCAAUGCGAGCUGCAUUUCACAGUUUCAACAAAAAAAAGACAAUGGGAUAAAAAACGCGCUGCCACCGUCUACUUCAAUAACGCUAUAUCCAUUAUGAAAUUUUAAUUAGCACGUGCUCGCAUCUAAUUAUCUCGUUUAUGAAUAAAAUUUUGUAAUUUUCGAAAA